GCCCUGGUUCCAGUACCUUGCGCUUCUUAGGCUUCUUAGGCUUGCCUCAGCAUCUCUUCUCUCACUCAUCGACCCACCAACACUACCAGAAAUGGCCUUCGCUGGAAGAUGGGAACUUGAGUCCCAGGAUGGAUAUGAUGAAUUCUGCAAGUUGGUUGGUAUCCCUGAUGACAUCAUCCAGAAAGGCCGUGACUACAAGACAGUUACAGAGGUCACCCAGAGUGGGGAUGAUUUCACCUGGACUCAGUUUUACCCCUCCAACGCCAAGGUCACCAACAACUUUACCAUUGGCAAAGAGUCUGAAAUGCAGACCAUUAGCGGAAAGACAUUUAAGGCCACCGUAAACAUGGAGGGUGGCAAGCUGACUGUGAGCUUCCCCAACUAUCACCAAGUCAAUGAGAUCAGCGGGGGCAAACUUGUUGAGACCUCCAAAGCUGGCUCUGUCGUGCUGAAGAGAACCAGUAAGAAAAUCUAAAUGCUAACUGACCUUCAACAUUUUGUACUGUUAAAACGGAAAGCUCAAAACUGUAAAAACGAGCAAUAAAUUAAGAGUCACACGUAAACGAA